AUACCGAUUCCGAACGUACGUACUAUCCCACUCGCGGGGCAGCAAAACAAAGAGGUAUCCGAUAAGGCGCGAGGUGUGGUUCUUUGAGAGAUGAUGUCCAAAACUCAAUUUGGCACGUGGGCCAUCGCUGGAGAGGAGCGAGAGUGAGAGAGUGCUCCCUUCGAUCCCAACGAUAGCCGACUCCCACCGAGGCUUUAUGGCUCUGAUAAAGCUUUAUCAGGCUUCGAUUGGACAGCAGCAAGCGGCAAGCGGACACGGCCGCUGGCUCGGAAUUUCGAAUUUCACUUCUCAGUUUUGCUCGCGCCUCGAUUCGGACCGGUUGCCCACCUACUGGUUCCUUGGGAAAGGAACUCGAGCAAACGGCAAUUGAAUUAAUCGUACGAGUGCCGCCGCCGCCACCGAUUAGAUUGUGCUGCAAACUAGACGAGUGUGACUAUUAUUCGGCAUUCGAUAAUAUGCGCGUUAUAUAGGCAACGGCAACCCUCCAGUUGAGUCAAGUAACACAGUGUGCCUUCAGCUAUCUGACACAAUCUUAUCGCUUGCCAUCGCCGAUGAUUGGCUGUGGACUCCAGACAAGACAAUAGCAUCUUCACCUUUCAAGAUAAGGAAUCCAAGAUGCCGGAAACGAAGCGCAGGGGCUCGAACCCGCCGCCUGGUCACUACAUGUGCGGCAUGGCCAACUGGCAUCCACAAUGGCUGCAGAAAUAUGCCACCACCAAGAUGUUCAUGGCCGUCUAUGGGUUAUUGGGCACAAUCCAGGCCAUGUCCUACAUGUAUUUCAUUGUCACACUCACCACGCUGGAGAAACGCUUUAAGAUUCCCAGUCAGACCACUGGAAUCAUACUUAGCGGCAAUGAAAUCUCGCAGAUAAUGCUUUCCCUCAUCCUGUCCUACAUCGGAGGUCAGCGAAAUCGUCCUCGCUGGAUAGCCUGGGGCAUUGUCUUCUGCGGCUUGUCCUGCUACAUUCUCGUCCUGCCGCACGUUAUCUACGGAGCUGGACAGGAAGUGCUGAUGUUGACCAAAGAGUACCAGGAUAGCCUGCUGAAUGGCACCUCUGGCGAGGGACUGCCCCUACUGAAUACCACUGCUGCACAAACCGAGCAGCUGUGCGGCGUGGGCAAAACGGAAGAGGGUUGCGAUGAUCUCUUCACCUAUGUGCCUCUGGUGCUGAUCUUUCUCUCCCAGUUUGUGCUGGGUGUGGGCAACACCAUGUACUACUCCCUGGGACAGACCUACUUGGAUGACAACACCAAGAAGACCAAUACUCCGCUGAUGUUGGCAGUGGCCAUGGCCCUGAGAAUGAUAGGUCCCAUCGUGGGUUUCCUGUUUGGCUUCAUAUCGCUGAACACCUUCAUCGAUCCCAGCAAGACGCCGCUGAUCGACAACAAGGAUCCCCGCUGGCUGGGCGCCUGGUGGCUGGGUUGGGUCAUCCUUGGCACUCUCAUGUGCCUCUUUUCAGGCCUCAUCGGACUCUUCCCCAAGCAGCUGCCCAAGGCCAGCGAUCAGGGCAGACCCAACUCCCAUUUGCCGCUGGCACUGCGUCAGACAAAGGAGGAGCUGAAGCGCGAGGAGAACCUGUCGCUGAGCAGUCGCUUCUCCUCGAAUGCUGCCCUGGACAAUAUUGGAGCGGCGGGAGCCACCACGGAGCUACCCAAGCUGAAAGACUUCCCUCGGGCUCUGAUGCGACUCCUGCGCAACAAGCUACUGAUCUUUAACAUCACCUCGGGCGUCUUUUAUAUACUGGGAGCCUCUGGUUUCAUGACCUUCCUCACCAAGUACAUGGAGGUGCAGUUCCACAAGAGUGCCCAAGGUGCCACCGUUGUUGUUGGUCCUGUCUCUAUUUUAGGCAUGGUUGUGGGUCUGAUUGGCUCCGGUCUGGUCAUCUCCAAGAAGAAGCCACAUGUGAGUAAGGUGCUCAUGUGGAAUGUGAUUGUGGGUGGCAUCUACAUCUUGGGACAGAUCUCGUAUGCCUUCCUCUACUGCCCGGAUACCUUCUCCAUGACCCAUGUGGGAGAGUUAAAUCUUACAAAAACAUGUAAUACAAACUGCUCCUGCGAAGGAAUCAGCUACACACCUGUCUGCCACGAACCAUCGGACACCACCUUCUUCUCCGCCUGCCAUGCCGGCUGUCGGGGAUUUAAUACCACUUCCAAGGUUUAUGAGGACUGCAGCUGCUUGGCCGACUUGACACCGCCGUCCAAUGCAGCUCAGCGGUUCCUGAAGCUCAUGGAGCCCGUCACUACUAUAGAGCCCGAUCUGGACAUGGAGACCACCACGGACUACUUCCUGAGUGGGGUGCCAUUGCUCAACGCCGAGGGAGACUUUGACGAGGAUAGGCUGUUGUCUAGGUCCAAGAGAUCAGCUCCGGACCAAGUGCUCCGUCCGGGUAUCUGCACCCAGAACUGCAACUGGAGCUUCUGGGUCUUCUCCCUCACAUCGAUGGUGGUCAACUGGUUCGGCUCGUCCGGUCGUGUGGGCAAUGUCCUGGUCAACUACCGUGCUGUGGCUCAUGAGGACAAGUCCUUUGCCCAGGGAUUGGCACUGAUGAUGAUCAGUUUGUUCGCUCUGAUUCCGGGUCCCAUUAUGUUUGGACGACUUAUCGAUUCCACCUGCCUGGUGUGGACCAAGACCUGCAAUGGCAAUGGCAACUGCCAGCUGUAUGAUCAGACGCGGUUCCGAUACUCUCUGAACUUCUUGUCCUGCGUUCUCACCUUCCUUGGAAUGUUCUUCGACUACCUGGUUUGGUAUUAUGGACGCGAUCUGGACAUUUAUGGCGACCAGGAGGCCAAGGAAGAGGAGCGUGCCAACCGAAAGGACAGACCAAUUACUCCACUUCUGGCCAAGAAGUCCGACAAGGAGGACUAUUAGGGAAGGAAUACCAUUCGUGAUACUCAAUUCUAAGGAGUAGUUUCAUGUUUCAUUCAGCAAUAGUAUAAGCUUCUGUACGGAAUUACAGAGAUCGGGGCAAUGCCAAUAUUACACAGCCAUAUGUACAAACCUCCCGCUCUUCGAUAGGAUAUUUGCUCAGUGUAUUCAGUGUACAACUUGUAAUUAUUUGUAUUAUACACUAAGAUGUAUUAAUGUUAUGUAUCUUGUCUAGUUUUAUAAUAAACAACAAAAUUAAA